AUGUCGACCCUCGUCCCAACGACUCCACCUACCGAUCCCCUCAGUGUUUUCUUGCCCAGGGCGGCUGAGGCCCUCAAGUCAUCGUCGUCGAAGGGGGCUCGGAACUACAUCCUAAUAGUCCUUCGUUUGCUUUGCAAUGCCUUUUCUAGCGCGGCGCUGGCUCAGAAGAUGUUGAGGAGCGAGCUGGGGGAUGCGAUCACGAGUGUGCUUGUCCCGAGCUUGCUGCAUACUGACGCGCUCAAGGACCGCGUCGAGGCGGUAAGGAGCGGCCGCGGGAUCCAGCCCGACUCAGAAGACGAGCUGGGAGACUGGCAGGUCGAGAUGGUCAGCGCCACCACUGAGGCACUGGAUAGGGAGAAGGGGAAUGAAGAAAUUGUCUAUCGUCUCACAGCAGCUCUCGCGUUCUUCCUGCGCCUUUCCCCGCAUUAUGAAACUGCAAUCCGGCCUCUUCUGGAGGUACUUCAGACCAAGGACGUGCUGAAGAGCAAGCUCACUAAAGGUUCCGGAUGGGCGGCAGAGGGAGGUCUCGCAAAGAAGGAUGUGCGGAAAUUAGUAGACGAGGUUGCGACCAAGUUAUGUCCGUAA